UGCGCGCGCGCGCGCAUGCGGAGGCAAGAGCCGGAAGUUCCCCUGAGAACGGGCCUUCCCGCGAAAACCGCCGGCCGGAACUGCCAGGAGGUCCCGCCUCCGGGCGGAACUCCGGGUUGCCGGGCAACCGCGGUGGGAGACGCAGGCUGGCUCAGUGUUCCGUGGGGCAAGCCGAGUGUAGCUCCCACCUCCUGUCCUGGCAACUUCCUUUCCCGGCCGCCUUCCUUCUUGCCGCCUCUCCUUGCGUCGGGGAAUCCCUGCCCUUGGCAAUACGUACACCUCUCCGGCUCCCAAGACCGCUUAGCGCCCACCUGCUUGAAAGCCGGUAUUCACCCGAAGCGGAGCGACCUGGCCCCGGGCGUGGCCUCCACGCUGACCGACCGCACCUGCUCGGCCAUGGGCACCUACACCUACACCUACACCAGCCGGCCUCGGGCCCUGCCCUGCCAGCGCCGCCGUUACCGGGACCACCUGAUGCAGCUUGCUGAAGAGCCUGUGCAUCAUGGAAACAUAAUGUAUGACAGAAGGGUGGUCCGAGGCAAUACUUAUGCUCUACACACAGGACCGCUGCCUGGGCAGCCUGAUCCUAUAGAAAUUCAGAGACAGCAACAGGCUAAGAGGAGGGCUCUUGCCAAAAAACGAGCUCAAGGACAGUUCAGACCACGAACACCCGAGCCCGUGGAAGGCAGAAAGCACGUGGAUGUGCAGACAGAAAUGUACCUUGAAGAAAUUGCUGACCGUAUAAUAGAAGUUGAUGUGGAAUGCCAAACAGAUGCAUUUUUGGACAGACCACCAACACCACUCUUUAUUCCUGCUAAAACUGGCAAAGAUGUGGCCACCCAAAUACUAGAAGGAGAGCUCUUUGACUUUGAUCUUGAAGUUAAACCAAUGUUAGAAGUUCUGGUGGGAAAGACCAUUGAGCAGUCUCUUUUGGAAGUAAUGGAAGAAGAAGAGUUGGCUAACCUGCGGGCCAGUCAGUAUGCGUAUGAAGAGUUACGCAACGUCGAACUUGCUGAAGUCCAGCGACUUGCAGAGCAAGAGAAACGACACAGAGAGGAAAAAGAGCGCCGGAAGCGACAGCAGUGGGAGGUGGUGUACAAACACAGCGAGACGGCGCAGAAAGUGGCGGCGCGCGCGUUCGCCCAGCGGUACCUGGCCGACCUUCUCCCCUCGGUGUUCGACAGCCUCCGGGACGGCGGCUACUUCUACGACCCCGUUGAAAGAGAUAUUGAAAUAGGAUUCCUUCCAUGGCUAAUGAAUGAAGUUGACAAAACCAUGGAAUACAGUAUGGUGGGAAGAACAGUGCUUGACAUGUUGAUUCGUGAGGUGGUUGAGAAGAGACUGGCUGCGUAUGAGCAGAGGGACGACCAGCCCCCGGCCGGGAAGCCUAAGGACGAGCUCGGGGGGUCCGGGAGGACGACAGAACCACCAGUGGGUUAUGAACUCCAGGAACAAAGCACAGCACAGCCACAGAGGCCACCUCUGGGAAGAGACUCCCUGCAAAGAACACCAGAUGAUGGAAGGUAUAUGGAGAGUGUGUUAGCCCAAGAAACAAAGCUUAUGGAAGAAGGAGAGUAUGAGCAAACAAAAAUAAGGAAAACCUCGGGGACAGAAGUGCUACAACCAAGGGGAGACUUCCAGCCAUGAAACCAAUCAACGGCCAGUCAGCAUUGCAAGCAAUCAGCUCCACCAUAGCCAUGAAAACCAACAGACCCAGAACCACAGUCACUGAGAAAACCAGCAGCCCAUCAGGCAUUGAAAAGAAGCAGAACCAGCUUGGAACUCCCCAAAAGCCACAUCCCCAGAAAACUGUCAAUGUUUGACUGGUCUGGCAGCUCCCUCGAAAAUUCCAUUAACAGGGCUUAUCUUUAUUUGACCUGACUCAGAGCUUGCUCUGUGAGGAAAGUCCUAACACCAGGGCAUUUUCUUAAAAAAAAUAAAUAAGUAAAAAUCAGCAAUUGUUUAACAUGGCAGCUGCCUGAGGCAGAAAUACCCAUUGGAGCAACAGCAAACUUGAAAGGGAAACCUGGGGAAUGAGAUGACCUCAGGGAAAUGCGAAAAGCUUCAAAAUAUUACUGAGAGUAUAUAUAUAUGUAGGGUGCUUUGUAGGGCUGUGUGCCCAAGAAAGACCUGAGAACGCCCUAAUUUCUCAUCUCUGGCUGACCUUGAGGAUCUUCACAAGCAGGAAUUAAAAGCUAAGUCAGGGUUGUAAACUGCAAAAAUACUGAAGGCAUGUCUCAACAUACAUAGAAGUCCCUUAGCAAAGGGUGGAAGAUUUACCAAUUCAGGGCAUUUAAGGAAAUUGCUGUCUAAUCAUUAGCUGACCAGGAAGUUAACUGAGCAGAGACUUCAGAGGUAGCACACAGCAAAGAAUCCAGGUCUUACAGAAUUUAUUCAGGAAAGUCAUUAAACAAACAGCAACAACAAACAACAGCAACAAAAUCCAGGUUGGAGGGGUGGGGCAAGAAUUUGAGAUCCAGAAUUACCAUAUUUUCAUUAUUUAAAAUAUCCAAAUUUCAAUUAAAAAAAUACAAGACAUACAAAAAAUAGAAAAGUAUGGUCCAUGCAAAAGAAAAAAAGCACUCAAUAGAAACUGUUCUUGAGAAAGUCUAAAUCUUGAACUUACUGGACAAAGACAUUAAUCAGCUAGUAUAAAUAUGUUCAAAGAACUAAAGGAAACCAUGUCUAAAGAAUUAAAAUAUGAGAAUGAUACCUCACCAUAAAAAUCAGCAAUUGUUUAACAUGGCAGCUGCCGGAUAGUGACUAUCAAGAGGUUAGAAGUCAUUAAAAAAAAAAAAAAAAAAAAAA